AUGCAACAGCAGAAAGUUGGAGCAUCAGGUGAUGUUCAAGAAUUUGGUCCUGAUGUAAAAACAAUAACUAAAAGGAGUGUCAAUAUGGACGCCGCUUUGGAGGACAAGAUUUGUGAUCUCUAUGAUAUUUUUGUUGAUGGCUUGGAUGAAAAUGCAGGUCCACAGAUCAGAAAGUUAUAUGCCGAGCUUGCAGAAUUAUGGCCAACUGGUUACAUGGACAACCAUGGGAUCAAACGUGGAAUUUGCAGAGCAAAAGAGAGGCGCAGAGCAUCAUACACAAAAAAUAAGCUGCAUAUCAUGAAGAAAUCUAAGCAGGGUGAGAGUUUAAGGCUCAAAUAUAAACGUUUACGUUAUCGUCAUUUCAAAUAUGUAUGCAUAUACAAGCCUGAUAUGGGUACUCUUCAUUUGUGGAAAUGUUAUUGUGUUCGUCUGCAAUGCUUGGAUCCGGAGUGUCGUAUCAGUAGGCUUCGCAGAGUUAGCUUGGUGAUCGGUGGUCUGUUGCGGGAUCUACACUGUAAUCCAGUUCUUAAGCUUCGGCUGCUUGUGGUUCUGUUUCGGAGGUAUCGAUCGGGCUGCGGGUACGUGGUUAAGGUGACAUUUGCAGUGUUUGGUUGCUAA